AUGUCGGGGGUGCUUCGCAAACUCCAAGGCGGGAACCUAGAAGUCUUCAAAUUCGGAAUGUACAUCCUAUUUCCAAUCGGCUGGAUGUACUACUUCGGCACCAACUUGGAAGAACGAUUCUCAGUCCGCGACUUCUGGCCCACAGCCGAACAAUCGCAUAAAAUUCCCGAGUCCGUUGAGGAGAUCGACCGUGAGUUGACGAGGAUGAGGAUGCUGGAUGGAAUGAAACGGGAAAGGCGCCAGAAAGAAUUG